AUGAAAUAUUCAAAUGAUACCACAGAGAUGAACUUCAUCCUUCUAGGCCUCUCUGAUCACUCACGGCUGCAUCAAAUCCUGUUUUCUCUCGUGCUCGUGAUCUUCCUUGCCUCCCUGGUGGGCAACAGUCUUAUGAUCUUUCUCAUCUGGGAAGACCCCCAGUUGCGCACGCCCAUGUACUUCCUGCUCAGCCAGCUUUCCCUCAUGGACAUGACGCUGGUCUCCUCCAUCAUUCCCAAGAUGGUGACCAACUACCUGCUGCACAUGCGCUCCAUCUCCCCCACCGGAUGUGGGGUGCAGAUCUUCCUGUUCCUCACACUGGGCGGCGGGGAGUGCUUCCUCCUGGCGGCCAUGUCCUACGACCGCUAUGUGGCCAUCUGCCACCUGCUGCGCUACCACCUCUUCAUGAGCAAGAAGCGCUGCUGGCACAUGGCGGCCGGCUCCUGGCUCCUGGGAGGGCUGGAUGGGCUGAUGCAGGCUGAUGCCACUUUGAGCUUCCCUUAUUGCCGUGCCAGGGAGAUCAACCAUUUCUUUUGUGAGGCUCUGUCCUUGGUGCACCUGGCCUGUGCCAACAGGGCCAUUUUUGAAUUCUUCAUGUCCAUCUGCUGCAUCCUGAUGCUCUUGGUCCCGCUGUCGCUCAUCUUGGCCUCUUACAUGCUCAUCUUGGCCAGGGUGCCUCGCAUUCAGGCCACUGAGGCCCGGAAGAAGGCCUUUGCCACCUGCUCCUCCCAUCUGGCCGUGGUGGGGCUGUUCUUUGGCACCAUCAUGUUCAUCUACGUGAGGCCCAAGUCCUCCUGGCCCCUGGGCUGUGACAAGGUGGUCCCUGCCUUUUACACCAUCAUCACUCCUGUGUUGAACCCCCUUAUAUACAGCGUGAGGAAUAAAGAAGUCAAGGGGGCCUUGAGAAAGUGGCUCCAGAAACACAUCAUGUGA